AUGAAUUAUAGCAGAUCAUAUUAAGCAAUGAGAUAGUCUGGAUAAUCUGGGGCAUUUUAAACAACAUAAUAUGAAACCUAAUAGAUCCGUUAUAAGGAAGAAACCAUUUAAGUGACUCCUCAAUAAGCAAAUUGGGCUUCAACAUAGUUACUUGGAAAAGUUGAUGAUAAAGAUUUCAUGGUUGUUCAGCGUACUAAAACUUAUGAGAAAUCAGAGGCAGAAAGACAACAUCAUUAUGAAGAGUUGAUCUAAGACAAUUUAAGAAUGAGAGAAGUCAUCGAGUAAUUAAAGAGGGAAGUAACCACUUAUAAAUCGAGUUCUAGCUCUGACGUGACCAUUCUUAGAAAAGAGCUUUUAAUUACAUAAUAAGAAUUGGAGGCCACUUAGAAAGAAUUAAUGAUGUUAAGAAGUGAAAGUGAGUUAAAAAGCAGACAAGAGAUAGAUAAGUUAAUGAUUGAGAUUGAGUAAUGGAAACGUAAAUAUUCCGAACUUGAAUAAAAAGAUAAAGACAAUGCUGAAUAAUUAAAACAGCUAGCGUAUUAUUAAAAUAAAUUAAAAUUAUUUGAAUUAGAAGCAAAAAAGAAAUUUGAAAAAUAUCAAAGUGUUGAUUUGAUAUCAUAACAAUUAAGUGAUUAAGAAUCAUUGAUUGAAGAAUUACGAUUAGAAAUUCAAAGAUGGAGGGAAAAAUAUGACGCUGCUAUUAUGGAAAGUUAAGAAAUAAGAGUGAAAUUAUCUCAGAAUGAUAAAGUAAAUACAUUGGAGGCAGAUAUAGAAGCAUUAAUUCAUGAAUUGGGAGUAUGGAAGGAUAGAUGUAGAGUAUUAGAAGCACGACAUUAAAAUUCAGAAGAAGCGAAGUUAUUGGCAAGAAUAGAUUAAUUGAAUCGUUUAUUAGGAGAAAAAGAAUAGGAUAUGCAAAGGACUCGUCUUACUAUGAGUUAAUAAAUGACAUAGUAAAUGAAUAUGUAAUAAUCAUCCAAAAUGUCUCAACAAUAAUAAUAAAUUGCUGAAUAUGAAAGUUAAUUAGAUUUAUUGAGAAGGUAAUUGGAAGCUGCACAAUCUAAAAUUGAUCAACAAAAUCAGGAGAUGGAAGGAUAUAGAUUAUCAGCUAAUGUCUAUAAUUCAGAAAGAUUUGAAGAAAUAGAAUAAGAAAAGUGGAAAUUAGAAAUUUAAAUUGAACAAUUAGAAAAGGAUUGUGAUACAUUUAUUUUGAGAAUCAAAGAACUUGAAGAAACAUAUUCAGAAUUAUCAAUUAAAUAUAAUGAACAAAAUGCAAAAUAUCUUAGAUACAAAGACAUUGUAGAUUCAAACUCUUCAAAAUAUAAGAGCGUUGAAAAUUUAUCUAAAGAAUUGUAAAAUCUUUAAUAAGAACUUGAAGUUUGGAUGAAUCGUUACUUUUAGACUGAAAUUAGGUUGAAAGAAUAUGAUUAAUUGAGAAUUGAAUAUGAUGCUUUGAUCAAGUAGGGAAGUAAAUCUGUUACUAAUGUAACAACUAUUAACAUUGAGAAUGAUAUCCAAUACAUUACUUUGAAAAGGGAAAGAGAUACCUAUUAGAGAUAAGUUUAAGAAUUAGAAAUGAAAAUCAGAGAGUUGCAAACAACUUCUAUUAGAAAUUCAUAAGAUGAUUCAUUGAGAAGAGAAAGAGAUAAUUACUAUAGACAGAUUUCAGAAUUAGAAUUAAGAAUCAAAGAAUUGUAAUCUCAAUAAUUUUCAACAUAAUAACUAAAAUCAAGUUAUGAUGAUUCAAAAGUUAGAGAGUUGGAAGCAAAACUCAAAGAACAAUAGAAUAGAAUAUCAGUUUAUGAAACCAGAAUUAGAGAAUUUGAAAUAAGAACUAAGGAGUAUGAAACUAGGAAUACUUAAUCAUUAAUUGAAAAAACUGUAGUACUUACAGAUGAACCAAAAAUCAAAGAGUUAACUGAGAUUAUUUAAUAAAAGAAUUAAAGAAUACUUGAAUUAGAAAUGACUUUAAGUUCUAAUUCAAGUUCUGUUAAUACAAACACUGUGUUGGUAAUAAAGGAACAGGUAAGAACAAAAGAAUUAAGAAUAAGAGAACUAGAAACCUAAAUUGAAACACUCUAAUUAGAAGUAGAAAGAUUAUAAAAUAUUAAAAGAGACCAAGAAUCUAGAAUCAAUAUCAUGAUUUAAAAGAUUACUGAAUAUGAAUCUCAAAUCAAUAUUCUAUAAGAAGUUAAAUUAAGAUAAUCUAAAAGAUCUCCUACAUAACAAUAACAAUAAUAAUAAAUUACUACCUCAUCUACUGUUAUUCAAUAACAAUAACCCAUUGUUUAAACUACAAGUUAUGUUUAAUAGAGUACAACAUCUAAGAUUUAUCAAUCCUCUUCAUAAAAUCUACCUUCACCCACUCCCAUUUCUUAGAAUUACCAAUAUUAACCAAUUUAGAAUAGUACAACAACAACAACCAAAUAAGUGAUCAUCACUAAUGAUUUUGAGAAAAAUUUGUAUCCAAAAGAAGAUAAUGUGUCCUCACAAAUUGUUGAUAGGAUUGGAUCUAGAGAUUAUACAAAUUAUUAAGCUCCUUAGAUAAUUGUUACAUAAUACAAACCGACAAAUUGA